UCAAAGAUGACUUACUGGGUCAAGCUUGAGAAACCAAAACCCUAGCAAUUCAAACUCACAUUUCAACCUCAAUGAAUUCGUAUAGAGCAAUGUCUACCGUUUCACCAGCAUCGACGACAAAUGAUGAUAUUGCAAAUGGAUUUCAAAAUUUGGGGAUUUCAAAUGUUAACGACGUGCAGAUCACUUGCUUUUCCGACGUCUUCAAUGACACUACCCUUCAUUUUCAGAUCAUUCGUCUUCCCAAACAGAUAUAUGCAUGGAUUGGUUGUGACUCUGCCAAAUUUGGCCAUUUAUAUGCUGCUGCACCUACAAGACCAAACAACACAGUCAGUGUAAGCUCCCUUCUUGGUGGUAACUCUGACAAUACAGGAUCUGGCAUUGCUCGUAGAAUAGUUAUUAAGACUGGAGUUCCUUUAACAUUGGCUUGCAACAUUCCAAAAGAUAGUCCCAUGCUUGAGGCUGCAGCUGAAAAGAAGCUAGUUCAGAAGCUAAAUGCUCUGGGUUACACAAAGUCCAAACAUCGAGAAUUAUAUUCAUAGAAAAAGGUGAGACAUUUAUUUGUGGCACCAUGCAUACACAUAGAUGCAUCAACAAUACCUAGGCCCUGUUUCUUACUAUUAUAUGUUGUUGGAAGGAAAAAAUGAUGAGGGCAAAUUUGUAAAAACCCUAAUUUUCUGUCUGCUUUUACUUUUAAGUAGAAAUUUGGUGUGCGUUGAAGUGGGAUCUAUAUAUACGGAAAUUGAAAUUUUUGUCACCCAAGGAGAU